AUGAGUGGUUACCAGGACAUGUACAACACCUCGUCCGCCUCCCGAUCUCCGGGCUCCCACCGCCAUCCACCACAGCAGCUUCGUCGUCAGCCAUCACGCCAAUUUGACGCCUACGGGCCGAUGUCUUCCACUCUGUAUGAAGAGCCUCCGCUUGGGCGUUACGAUACAAAUCCGUUGGACAGGUUGAAUGCUACUAUGCCGAGUGGCUCAUAUCCUUAUGAUAUAUCAGGCUCUCAAACGUGGAAUGCAAACAGUGUCGGUCUGGGUGGCUUGGGGGUUAACUCUGCCACUGCCACUUCGAGGAUGAGAAAUGUUCGUUCACGCACCGCUCUUCCAACAACCUGGUUGGAUCAACAGAACAGUCUGCCAAACUCUUUUUCUCUGGCCCCUGGUCAACAUCAGCCAUCUCCUCAGAUUCGUGCGGAGAAUCCGCAUGAUGCUGAAGAUGAACUCAUCCCAACAGCCAUUGUCAUUAAGAACAUCCCCUUUGCCGUGAAGAAAGAGCAGCUGAUACAACUUAUGACGGAAAUGAAUCUGCCGUUGCCAUAUGCUUUCAACUACCAUUUUGAUAACGGCGUGUUCCGCGGUCUUGCUUUUGCAAACUUCACCUCUGCCGAGGAGACAGCUACUGUGAUCGAGCUGCUAAACCAUUUUGAGCUUCAGGGAAGGAAAUUGAGAGUGGAGUAUAAGAAAAUGCUCCCCGCGCAGGAACGUGAGAGGAUUGAGAGAGAAAAGCGUGAGCGUAGAGGCCAGCUUGAAGAACAGCAUAGGCCAAUGGCUACCUCUCAGUUGCAGCAUCAGACUUCCAUGUCUUCAUUGGCAUCACAUCUGCCAACCACCUCCCCUUCGCCUGUCUCUCAGCGCGCAGGUAAACUAGAGGUUGAUAUGAAUGAUGCACAGACACUGCAGUACUACUCACAGCUGCUUUUGUUCAAACAGGAUCUUAGCAAAGAAGCUCUCAUUUUUGGCACAAAUCUAACCCCUGCCCAGCGUCGGAUAGUACAUACUAUCUCUCAUAACAUGGGCCUUGCCCAUACUUCCCGGGGAACAGGAGACCAGCGUCAGGUGCACGUCUACCGAGCUGGCCCCGGUGCUAAUGUCAGCCCCCCUGUCCCAGCCAUUCCGGCAACAGUCACUUCUGACGCUGCUCGCCGUGGUCUCUCCCGUGCGGCUACCAUUGACUUUGGGGAAUCUCGCCAUGAACAGCAAGCUUAUGGCAGUAGCAUGCGCCAGUCCUCGUUCCUGAACGUCCUAGAUUCUCCAGGCCCGGGCGGAUACGCAAAUUCCCAGAACCUUCGUGCUGCCAAGUCGUUUGCAGACCUGCGUUCUUUCACCCCGUCUCCCGUCCCAUCUUCUGCCAGCUUCCCUGCUGCUUUGCAAACUAACGGUGCUCGGUUCCAACAGCAGCAGCAACAGGCCUAUGAUGCCGGAACCAGUGGAGCCUCCAACACUCCCACGCUCACCCCCACCCCAUCAGGCUCAUCUCUUGGUAUCCAGCGUGUCGAUGACAGUCUUCUCGUGAACAGUCUAGGAGGCCUAUCACUUGGUACCUCGGUCACUGGGCCAUCUGGUUCUCCUCGCCGCACACGCGGUAUCUGGGAUCCUUCUGACCUCCCCACAACUACAGCGGGAUCAAACAACGGCUCCAGCUCCACUGCCGGUGCUAUCGGAUCUAACCGUGCUAUCGGACUUGGAUUUGAUGGUAACCAAAGCCAGGAGCGAAUCCCAGUGAGACAGCCUAGAGGUCCUGCACCGGAGCGAGGUCCUGGAUUCCGCCGCCAAAACAGCCACCAGCAGCGCGGCAGCGAUGAGCUAAGAAGCAAUCCCGGCGUGGAAAUUAUUGUUGAGUAG